UAAUUUUAAUAUGCGAAUACGUUUCAUAUCCACAUACUACCUGGUAAUGGUGAAUUUAGCUGUCGGUUUAGAUAUAUAUUUUUAGUUCAAUUUUACUCUCGCAUAGCUUGCCUUCCAACUUCAGACUUUGAAGCUGAGAUUUUCUACCUCUGUGCUGAAUCGUGAACGUAACGAGUUCCGUUCAACAUGGCGGCCCAGCGUAGGAAUUUGAUGCAGAGCCAGCAUCAAAGCUGGACAGAUGACCUGCCUCUGUGUCAGAUGUGUGGGGUCGGAACAGCACCCAACUGUGUGUACGGCCCUGAUGGCAAAGGAACUCAGAGCCACCCCAACGAGGAUGGACACCUCAGGUUCAGAGGUGACGAUGGCUGUUUCCUGUACGGGGUUUUUAAUGGUUACGAUGGCAGCAGAGUGGCCAACUUUGCUUCCCAGUGUCUGACAGCGGAACUGCUCCUGGGGCAGCUAAACUCCGGUCACACAGACAACGACGUCCGCAGGAUCCUCACACAGGCCUUUGAUGUGGUGGAGAAGAGCUACUUUGAAACCAUAGAUGAUGCUCUGGCUGAGAAGGCUAACCUGAGCAACUACCUCCUACCGCACAAUGAGAAUGUUCCGUUCCACCAGCUUUCUCCUCAGAGUCAAAAGGUGAUGGAGCGGCUGAAGGAGCUAGAGCAGGAGGUGUCAGGAGGCGCCACGGUUGCGGUGGCGCUCAUUCUCAAUAACAAGCUCUACAUUGCAAACGUUGGGACGAACCGAGUCCUGCUGUGCAAGUCCAGCAGUGACGGCCAGAACCAGGUGCUUCAGAUCGGCCGACCGCACAGUACUGACAACGAGGAUGAGCUGCAGAGACUGGCUGCACUGGGACUGGAUUCAGCUCGGAUAAGACAAGCGGGCCAGAUAGCGGGCCAGAGCAGCAGCAGAAGGCUUGGAGACUACCGAGUCAAAUUUAACUACAACGAGAUUGACGUGCUCAGCGCGGCCAAGUCAAAGCCAGUUGUUGCGGAGCCAGAGAUUCACGGCGGCCAGUCUUUGGAAGGCGUCACAGGCUUCUUGUUGCUGAUGUCAGAGGGACUGAUAAAUGCCCUCGAGUCCGCCCAUGGUCCCGAACAGGCUAAUCAGGAAAUUGUUGCCAUGGUAGCAGCAGAGCUAGCCCAGCAGACCAGUCUGGAGGCGGUGGCUCAGUCUGUGGUUGAUCGGGUCAAGCGGCUUCACCACGAUGUGUUCGUGUCCGGCCGUCAGAGGGCGACUUACUGCUCUCGACACGAAGACAUGACCCUGCUCAUCCGCACGCUCAACUACCCACUGGCUGAUGCAGCGCUCACGCCCACGCAGGGCGGCCGUAUCUGUCCCGUGUCUGUGCCCUACUCAAACAGCCAGAGCACCAGUAAAACCAGUGUCACCCUCUCGCUGGUCAUGCCCUCACAAAGCACCCUGACCAAUGGAACCAACACGGCCUCCACCCUGGAGGAAGGCACCCCGACACCUGGUCAGAGCCCCACAGCCACUCUGCAGUCCACCAACACCCAGACGCAGAGCUCCAGCUCCAGCUCAGGAGAUGGAAGCCUGUUCCGCCAGAGAGGGAGUCAAGCGGCGCAGCCUGACGAGACGGGCAGGGUCCCACCCUACGUGGACUUCAGUCAGUUUUACCGACUGUGGGGGAGCGACCAUGGCGAUGGCCAGAGCAUGCAAGGAGGCCUGGGACCGCAGUGAGACCCACUGGAGUUUCCAGCAAAGCUGACACAUGGAUUUUUUUUAAAGGGACAAAGAUUUAGGGACGUGAUGGGACAUCUUAUAAUAUGCUGUUAAUGUAAUGUUACUACAUAUAAGUGACCUAAAGGUGCAUGGGGAUGAACUUCUCAACAGAAGUUGAAGACAAUGAAAUGCUGGGAAAACAUUGUCACUUCACUCCAAAUUGAUGUUUGGUCAUUUGUAAAAGACAAAGGUGAGUGAGUGAAUCCAUGUAAUCCAGAUUGACAAAAUUAUUUUCAGAUGUAAAGGCACCAAAAGGGGAAUCUCAUGGACUGGGGAGCUUGUGGAGCUGUGAGUUAUUAUAUACUGUAAGGCCUUAAAACUGAAUAAAUGAAUGCUUUAUAAAGUA